AUGGCGCCGUCGAGACUCUACAACUUUUCAUCGUCGGGCACGUCACCGACUUCCAGCUCCGCCUUUACGGUUCCUUCGGUCGCCAACUCCGAGACUGACUCGGCCGCCGACAUGAACCAUCCGACAAUGAACGGCCACGGCCGUCAGUUUGACGGCUUCUCAGACCCGGGCAUGACUCCUCGCGCCCCGAUGCCCAUAGCCAUCGUGGGAAUGGCCUGUCGCAUGCCCGGCAGCGUUGCGACUCCCGCCGAGUUUUGGGAGCUGUGCUCGCGUGCGCGGAGCGGCUUUACCAAGGUCCCCAAGGAGCGUUUCAACCACGAUCUCUUUUAUCACCCCAAUCCGGGCAAGACUGGAGCAUACCACGCCGAGGGCGGCAACUUUUUGGAUGUCGACCUGGCAGCUUUCGAUGCCCCCUUUUUCGGUCUUACCGAAAAGGAGGCCAUAUCAAUGGACCCUCAGCAAAGACUGCUGCUCGAAUGCACCUUUGAGGCGCUGGAAAACGCCGGUGUGCCGAAGCAUUCCAUAGUCGGAAAGGACGUGGGUGUGUUUGUGGGUGGCAGCUUUGCCGAGUACGAAAGCCAUCUGUUUCGUGACAGCGACACGAUUCCUAUGCAUCAGGCCACAGGCUGCGCACAUGCUAUGCAGUCCAACAGGCUAUCUCACUUUUUCGAUCUCCGAGGCCCCAGCUUCACCGCCGAUACCGCAUGUUCCGCCAGUUUGGUGGCUCUGCAUCUCGCCUGCCAGAGCUUACGAUCUGGUGAAUCAUCAUCCGCCAUCGUCGGUAGCUGUCACUUGAACAUGCUGCCUGAAUUCUUUGUUUCCUUUUCUACGUGUCGGCUGCUUUCGGACACUGGUCGUUCGAUCGCCUUUGACGAGCGUGGAACGGGUUUUGGCCGCGGUGAAGGAUGUGGCAUCAUCAUUCUGAAGCCUUUAGAUCAGGCUGUUCGGGAUAACGAUUCCAUCCGGGCCGUCAUUAUGGGCACCGGUAUCAACCAAGACGGAAAGACGCCUGGUAUCACCAUGCCCAGCGGCGAGGCACAAGAAAAACUCAUCAACCAGGUUUACAACAACUUUGGCCUGGAUCCUAUGGACUGUGGCUACGUCGAGGCCCACGGUACCGGCACCAAGGUCGGCGACCCCAUCGAGGCCACAGCUCUACACAACGCUCUCGGUCAGGGCAGGACGGCAGCCGAUCCUCUGUAUAUCGGCUCGGUCAAAUCAAACAUUGGCCACUUGGAGGCAGCAUCGGGAUUGGCGGGUGUGAUCAAGGCUGCCCUCAUGCUCGAGCGUGGAUUCAUUCUUCCCAACCACGACUUCAAAAAGCCCAACCCCAAGAUUCCCUGGAAGCAGUGGCACAUGACGGUAGCGAGGAGCCAACGGCCCUGGCCCCGUGGCAAGAAGUACAUCUCGGUCAACAACUUUGGCUUCGGCGGCACCAAUGCCCACGUCGUCCUCGCCAAGGCCCCUUUUACGGCCGACACAACCGUCGCGGCACAGCUUCAACAAAACGACUCGCGCAAGCCCAAGCAGACCAAGAAGCUUAUCGUUUUAACCGCCAACGACAAAGAUUCGCUCGCCGGCGUCAUGAAGAAGCUGGUCAUCUACCUGGAGCAGCGCCCCGAGGUGUUCCAGGCCGAUUUGAUGAGAAACGUUGCCUACACCCUCGGUCAGAGACGCUCGCACCUGCAAUGGAGACUCGCGGUUCCUGUGUCUACCUCCUUCGAGCUGGUCGACACGCUAAACUCGGGCAAGGUGGCAUCGGCCAAGACGCAGCCCGAGGCCCCCAGGAUAGGAUUCGUGUUUACUGGUCAAGGCGCUCAGUGGCACGGUAUGGGCCGUGAGCUCUAUGACUCGUAUCCCGUCUAUGCGGCCGCCAUGGACCGUGCCGAUGCCAAACUCAAGGAGCUCGGUGCUUCGUGGUCGCUGCUGGAGGAGCUGAGCAAGGACGGAAAGACUUCCAAGGUGUCCGAGGCACACAUCAGUCAGCCCGCCUGCACAGCCGUCCAGUUGGCCAUCACGGACCUCCUCAGAUCCUGGGGCGUGACGCCCGUCGCCGUCGCGGGCCACUCGUCCGGUGAGAUCUGCGCCGCCUAUGCCGCCGGCAUCAUCAACUUUGACUCGGCCGUGGCCAUCGCCUACCACAGAGGUCGGCUGAUCCCCGUCCUCAAGGCCCGGUUCCCCGAUCUUGCCGGCGGCAUGAUGGCCGUCGGUGGCUCCGAAUCCCAGAUGCAGCCCAUGAUUGAUGCCGUAAAGCGCAAGCAGCACGAGGUCCGCAUCGCCUGCUUCAACAGUCCUUCCAGUCUGACCAUCUCCGGUGACGCCUCUGUGCUGAACGACCUCGAGCGCGUCAUCGAGGAGGAGCAGCCUGAGAUGUUCCGCCGCAAGCUGCAGGUCGACGUCGCCUACCACUCGCACCACAUGAACCUCGUGGCCGACGAGUACCGCGACUCGAUAGAGCACCUGUCCAAGCCGAGGAACACGGAGGUCCAGUUCCACUCGUCUCUGUUUGGCAAGCGCGUCGAGGGCUACAAGUGUACUGCCUCCUACUGGGUCGAGAACCUGACCUGCCCCGUCCGCUUCUCCGAGGCUCUCAGCGGUAUGCUCGAGGCCAAGCCCGAAGACGGCGGUGUCAGCACCCUCAUCGAGAUCGGUCCCCACUCGGCGCUUCAAGGCCCCAUCAAGCAGAUCCUCGCUGCCGCCGGUCGUCCCAAGCUCCCAUACGCUUCGGCUCUGGUCCGCAACAAGGAUGCCGUCGACACGGCCCUCGACCUGGCCGGUAACCUCUUCAUGAAGGGUGCUUUCCUCAACAUGGAUGCUGUCAACUUCCCCAGUCACCUCCACGCCCCGGCGACUUCGACCAUCCCAUUGAACCUGAACACCUCGACGGCCAAGCAGCCCACCCUGCUUACUGAUCUGCCGCGCUACGUGUGGAACCACUCGUCCAAAUACUGGCACGAGUCGCGCAUGACCGAGAUGCACAAGCACCGCAAGUUCCCACGCAACGACCUGAUUGGUGUCGAGGCCAUCUACUCUACCGAUGUCGAGCCUACGUGGCGCAACAUUGUGGCCCUCGACGACCUCCCAUGGCUGAGGCACCACCGCAUUCAGUCUCUGACUAUCUUCCCCUUUUCCGGCUUUGUAGCCAUGGCCCUCGAGGCUGCCGCCCAGCAGGCCCUGAGGAGGGAGGCCAAGUACGACAGGUUCGAGCUGCGCCGCGUUGUCGUCUCCAAGCCCUUGGCCAUGGGCGAUGGCGAUGUCGAGAUGGACAUAAGCCUGAGGCCACACUCGGACGCCCAGAAGCACCAGGCUGGGUGGAGGCAGUUCCGCAUUGCCAGCUGGACCAAGAACGGUGGCUGGGCUGAGCAUUGCACGGGAGAGGUUGCCACGCUGUUGGACGACGACAACGAGGUCGACGGUGACCGUCAAAAGCAGGCUGUUCGCCGCAGGGUAGAAGCCGCUUCCAGCAUCGAUGACGACGCCGUCGAUGUUGCCGAGGCCGACAUGUACAACUGUCUCGAGGAGCUGGGCGUGACUUUUGGUGCUGCUUUCCAGGGCGUCAAGGCAUGCAAGGCUUCCAACGCAAAGGCCUCCGCCGAUAUUGUUGCCACCGACAUCGCCGUCGACAUGCCCAAUCACUACAUGACCGAGUCGGUGCUGCACCCAAGCGUCCUCGAGUCUCUAGUGCAGAUGUACUGGCCGAUCCUCGGCGCUGGUCGCUCCUCUCCGGACACCGUCUACCUGCCAUCCUCGGUCGGCAAGGUUUCCAUCUCCCGCGAGGUGACAGCUCACACCAACGCCCCGGGCAAGACAAUUCGGGCUUUUGGCAAGGCAGAGUUUGCCCAGCCUUCCGAGGAGCCCCGCCCCACUAGCGUGUCCGUCAUGGCCACCACCCAGGACGGUCAGCUGCUCGUCGAGCUUGAGGAUCUCAAGGUUGCGCCCAUCAUCGACGGUGAGGGUGAGACCGACUCGAGCUCGCCGCGCGAGCUUUGCUACAAGCUCGAGUGGGAGCAGGUGCUGAAGCCCGCCCUCGUCAACGGCACCCCUGCUGAAUCGUCCAGCGCGCUGCCCGAGGCCGAGAUUGUCAUCGUGCACGGCGACACGGCCUUCCAGCACACGCUUGCCCGGGCCCUCGCCGACAUGAUCGAAAAGGCGACGGCCACCUCGCCAGUGGCCAUGGGCACACUGGGUCACAUCGAGACCGAGGGCAAGGUCUGCAUCGUCUUGACCGAGAUUGACAUGCCUUUCCUUGCCGACCCGACCGAGCAGCAGUUUGAGGCCGUGCAGAAGCUCAUGGGCUCAGUUCAGGGUCUUUUGUGGGUUGUUCGUGGAGCCUACGACAAGGCAACCUCUCCCGACUCCAACAUGGUCUGUGGCCUGUCGCGCUCGGUCAGGUCAGAGACUCUGCUGCCGUUUGCCACGCUGGAUCUGGACGCUUCCGAAGCCGCCAACUCCCAUGUUGCCAAGUCCAUUCUGGACGUGUUCAAGAUUGCCUUUAACGGUGGCUUGAGCGCAACCAAGGAGAUGGAGUUUAUGGAGCGCGGCGGCAAGCUGUUCACCCCCAGGAUCCUGGAUGAUGCCGAGACCAACGCCUACGUGCACAAGCGCACCAACCCCGACAUACUCGAGCAGCAGCCGUUUGCUCAAGAGGGUCGCCAGUUGAGAGUAGUUGGUGGCAAGACGCUGCACUUUGUCGACGACUCCGUGGUCGACACUCUUGGCGCCGACGAGGUCGAGUUUGAAGUCAAGGCUGUCGGUGUGAAUGCCCGUGAUGCUCAGCAACUGGCCAAGAGCACCGCCGACUCGCCUGCCGCUGUCGGAUCAGAAGCAGCUGGUGUCGUCACCCGGGUUGGUGCCAAUGUCACUUCCGUCAACAAGGGUGAUCGCAUUGCGGCGUUGACCCUCUCCGGUGCUUACUCGACCGUCACAAGAGCUUCGGCGGCCCACGUCAUCCCGAUCCCUCAGGCUAUGGACUUUGCCCAGGCCGCGACGUUGCCGCUGGCCUAUGUGACUGCCUAUCAUGCUCUGAUGGAGCAGGGUCGACUUUCGUCCGGCCAGCGUGUCCUCAUCCACUCUGCUGCCAGUGCUGUUGGCCAAGCGGCCGUCUGCCUUGCCCAGCUCUACGAAGCCGACGUGUUUGUCACCGUGUCCUCGGCCACCGAGAAGAAGCUGAUCAUGACCAAGUUCUCCCUGUCUGAGGAUUUCAUUUUCCACCGCAGUGCAGGCUUUGGGUCGGCCAUCCGAGAAGCGACGGCCGGUCAGGGUGUAGAUGUUGUCCUUUCCCUGCCGUCAGACGCCGAGGUCGUCGGCGAGAGUUGGGGCUGCCUCGACAGGUUUGGCUGUCUUAUCAACGUCGCCGAGGGAUCGUCUCGUCUUGAUCUGAGCACUGAUCAUCGGCCCAGCAACGCAUCGUUUGUCAACGUUGACAUUCAGGGCCUGGCCGCUGAGCGUCCUGCCAUCCUCAAGAGGCUGGUUGACAAUGUUGCCAAGCUGGUCGGCCAAGGUCAGGCUGCUCCGGUGGAAGCUACCAUCUUUUCCGUGUCGCAGGUCCAAGAUGCUAUCAAGGGCGCCAAGGGAUCGCUCGGAAAGUCGGUCGUUGUUUUGGGCGCCGACGACAAGGUCAUGGCCACCCCCUCCAAGGUCACCAAGAAGAUCCUUCGACCUGACGGCACCUACCUGCUCAUCGGUGGAACCGGUGGUCUCGGUCGCAGCAUGGCCAAGUGGAUGGUCGACAACGGUGCCGGCAAUAUUGUCCUUCUCUCCCGCAGCGGUUCGGCCACUGGUCAGGUCAAGCAGCUAAUUGAUGACGCAAGUGAGGUCGGGUCUCGGGUGAUCGUCAAGCGCUGCGAUGUUGCCAACAAGGCCAGCGUUGACGAGCUGUUCAAGGGACUGAGUGACCUGCCUCCAGUCCGGGGUAUCGUUCACGGAGCCAUGGUUUUGAGGGAUGUCCUAUUUGAGAAAAUGUCAUACACCGACUACACCACCGUCAUCGAGUCCAAGGUCGCAGGCGCCUGGAACUUCCACCACGCCCUUGCCGCCAACUCGUCCCCUCUCGACUUCUUCAUCGCCAUCUCGUCCGCGGCCGGUGCCGUCGGCAACAGAGGUCAGGCCGCAUAUGCCGCCGCCAACACAUUUCUCAACGCCCUGGUGCAGCAUCGCCUUGCCGCCGGACUGCCCGCCGCGUCUCUGGACCUGACGGCCGUGUCGGACGCUGGAUACCUCGCCGAUGGUGACGCCGAGCGCGCCGCGGAGGUGGCCAAGAACCUGGGUGCCGACAGUACGAUCUGCGAGGCCGAGGUUCUGGCUCUGAUCGGGGCCUGCAUCGAGGGCAAGACGGACGUCUGCAGCGGCCACGUCAUCACGGGCAUGCGCAUCCCGCCGGCGCCCACCAAGCCGUUCUGGACCACGGAUGCCAAGUUCAAGACGCUGCGUUUGGCCGCCGAGGCUGCCGAGCUGGCGGCCAACGGAGGAGACUCUGCGGUGUCGCUGUCGCCAGGAGCGGCGGUCAGGGCGGCAACAUCACUGGCCGAGGCCGAGGAGGCUGUCUGCGCAGGCCUCGUCGACAAGAUUUCGUCCGUGCUCAUGAUGGAGGCGGACGAGAUUGAUGUGACGAGGAGCUUGACGCACUACCCGCUCGACUCGCUGGUUGCGAUUGAGAUUCGCAACUUCAUCACGCGCGAGUUCGAGGCCAACAUGCAGGUGUUGGAGCUGUUGAGCAGUGGAAGUGUGCAGACGCUGACCAAGGCCGUCUGCAAGAAGAGCAAGCUCUGCGUUGGGUUGAGCUAG